GCUCAUCAGAGUGCAAGAGUUCUCAUGACAUCACUACUGACGCAUUUAUUUCCCAAUGUAUAAGUGUCAGCAGUUUUGCUACGCUCCACAGCAGCGUUUCCUUUACGAGUAUGUUGCACAAAAUUUGUUCUGUGAAUCAGCCGUGUUGUCUUUCUAUUUCGUAGGAACCACAAAACGUUUACCAUACACACCUACCAGAACAUCGAAGACAAACCGCAACAGCUUCCGAAACAUGUUUUCUGGAUGAGUUAUAUAUUCAUAGUUGCUAGGUGACAACAGGGCAAAGCGAUUACUGAUAAGGUUCUAAUAAAAAAUAUUCAAUUAGCGAAGAGAACCAUCUAGAAUGCGUGCGAAGCCUUAACAGCGUUGCAUGGAGAAAGAGAGAGCUCUAGAUAAUGUAAACAGCACGUGAUAUGUGAAGGAAACAACCGCACGCCCACUGCACAUAACGAAGUGUACCAGUUGGCUUAAGCAGCAAAACCGGGCACGGGCUUUCUGUACGAUGGCACCGCAAGUUGGUGAAGUCAUAUUGUCCAACCAGCUGCACGGAAGGAUGGGACGGCCCCUCCACGAGAUUCCCACAACAUACGACUUGCAGUCAAAGCUUUCCGCUUUUUUUUGUUCAGGUCAGAACCUUUACUAACAUAAGAACUCAUAUUUAUCUACUCCCCCUUUGGUCUCCUCCCAUAUGUGCGUAAACACAGACAACACGGGAGAAGGCAGACAACGGAUUACAGUCCUGAAAGGAUGAUGAUACGUAUUCUCCAAGUGGAACUGGAUACGUUUAACCAAAGUGCUUUGAAAGUGAUGCCAUCGUGGAUAAAUGUAAUGGUUACAACGUCUUCUCGGUUUUACAAGAUUUCCAAGUAGGAAAAUGAAACUAUGUGAAGAUAAAAAUGCGAGUGUUGGUGCUACUGUGCUUGGCAUUGUUGUGCUGCGGGGCUAGCAAGCUCUGUGACACGGGAGGACUGUGCUCAUGCGACCGCACAUGGGGGAAGAUAGAAUGCUCCUGCACCUCUACCGAAAUUAAGGAGCUGACAUUGAGCCCAUCUAAUGUGCCUGAGGGUACAGUCUACCUUCGGAUACAGAACUGUUCCAAAGUUUAUGUUUCGCCACACACUUGGGUAAACCAUCGUGAGGUGCGGCAUGUGGAAUUCUUCAACAUCAAGGAACUCAUUAUUGAAAGCAAUUCAUUCAGCUGGAAUGAAACACUUGCACUAGAACCAGUUCCUCAGCCUGGGUUGGCUGUCAGUAUUAUCAGCUCAAGGAUUCGUGAAAUUCCAAGUUAUACUUUUAAGGGUCGUCUUACAGGCAUUACUUUUAACAAUGUCACAAUUGGGAAAAUACGUGCAUUUGCAUUUGCUAGUCUUCAUAACACAGAGAAACUCGAGUUGAUAGAAUGUUCUGUAACAACCUUUGAAGCACAAGCUUUCAAAAAGUUCUCUUUAGAAAAACUAAAAAUCAUUGGUGGACACUUCGGUGGCAGUGUGCCAAGUAGGACUUGGGUAGAUCUUGAGGUGCAUAAUGAGCUGUUAAUUGAAAGAGUCAUCUUCAGUACUUUGCGCAGUUCUGCAUUCAUCAUUCAUGGUCCUAAAAUCUUCCGUCUUUUUGAAAAUUAUUUCGAUAAUGUGGAAGGAGAAGCUUUCCAUGUAAAAAUGCAUGGAAAAACUUUAAUCCAAAACAAUAUAUUUAAGACAUUGGCUAAAGGAGCAUUUAUUCGCAUUAGUGUUGAAGACUUUAUUAUAAAAAUCAAAGGUCGUCCAGCACUACAGUUUGAAAACAAUACUAUAGAAUUUUUUGAAAAUGGUUGUUUGGUGUUCAACACAACGAGUGUUGAGGCUCAGCUCGACCACAUUCUUUUAAAUCAGACAUGUUCUUGUACUCUACUGGAGACGUGGAGCUCAGAACUCGACUUCCAUUCAUCUCUACACAAUCAUCAGAAUCAACAAGAAAGCUAUGCGUCAGAUGUGUUCUGGUGCAAACAAGAUGUGUCAGAGAACAAUGGUAGAAGUUAUAUCCACUUCAAAGAUUUCAGUCAACAAUGUGUAGUAACAACUGGUCUUCAUAUGUUCCUAAUUAUCAUUUUAACAUCAUCACUGCUUCUGCUGGCUCUUGUUCUAUUAGUAAUAUUCUUGUGGAACAGACGUCGAUCUCGCUACCAAAAACGUUGGAUCAACGUUCCAACAACUCCCAAUAAUGACAGCAAGAAGAAGAAGUUGAACAAUAAAGGCAGCAAUGUACAAAAUAAAAGUGAAAAUGGGCAAGAUUCCAGACUUAUAAUGGUUGUGCCUGGUGGCCGAACAUACAGAGAAAUGGAACUGCAUGUGAUAGAAGAGCGAACAGAACCAAUUGUGGAACAUGAAUGUGUAGAUACAACUAUUGAUGAACGUUUUGUGAAUAAUAGGUAGUAAGAAAUUUCAUCCAUGUUCUGAUACAAACUGGCUAUUAUUUCAGUGUAAUUGUUAAGUCUGCAUAGUUCAUGCCUAAAACAUAGUACAUGGAAUUUUGAGUAUUUGUUGAGUGAGUGUAUAAUCACAGGAUACUAGUCUUGAAGCCAAUGAAUGCCAUGUUAAGCAAAUUUUCUGGAUGUUCCAGCAUAAUCCAAGAAGACAUAGAAAUGCUGCUACUGUGUACAAUUCAGAUCCAAACAGGAAUAUGACUAAAUUCACAAAAAUAAACUGAAGAAACAGCAGGUGGAUAUAACUGCUUUUAAGCCCUCAUUAUGGUUCAUUGUUUAUGUUAUCCUGCUUUUUGAUGUUGGCACCAUGUGGAAGUGAGCUCUGUUUCUGAUGUUCAGAGGAACAUACUGCCUCCAUCAUCAUUAGACGCAGUGCCAACACUCAAGAACAGGAUCAACAUUAACAGAAGAAUAUGACAUAUGACAUAUUAUUUCAUGAAAAUUCACUAAUAUACUUACUAUCAGUUUAUUUAAUGAAGAUUUCUCAAUUGUUUAUGUUAUGUAAAAUUAAAAGAAUAAUGAUUAUAAUUAUGAAGGUGGAAGACUGUGAAAGGUACUAAUUGUUAACAAUAAAUAACCAACAGUGUGCCUUUUACGUGUUCAUGCGUCCUUACCAAACUGCACUUACAAUAAAGACUCAUAUGUUCAUCUCA